AUGGGGUAUCUGGGUCGCGGCCACACCCCUCUUGUGCUGAAGCUCCUCUUCUUCCUCUUCUUCUUUGGGCUCCUGCUGGCCAUUCUUGUCCACAACCACUUGUGCCGGCCCUGCCCCUGGGAGUGGACAUCCUUCCAAGGAAACUGUUACUUCUUCUCCAAGUCCACCCGAAACUGGGCCAAUUCUGUCAUUGCCUGCCAGGAAAUGGGGGCCCAGCUGGUUGUCAUCAAAAGUCACAGGAAUAGGCAGUUUAUUCCUACCGUGUUGUUGGUGUUGGUGUUGAAUUUUUUGCAACUGAUUUCCAAGAAUAAAGGACACAGGAUGGGGAUGUCAGACCUGAACAAGGAAGCCAUGUGGCACUGGGUGGAUGGCUCACCCCUGUUGCAUGCCUUCAUCAAGUACUGGAACCGCCCUCAGGAGCCCAACAACCUAGGGGAAGAAGACUGUGUGGAGUUUGACGGCAGUGGGUGGAAUGAUGACAACUGUAAGGCCAACAACUUCUGGAUCUGCAAAAAAACCUGCAACUUCCUGCCCCACAAUCCCACAAUCCCUUGCAGCUCCAUCCUUCCACCCUGCCUGCUGGUGGACUCCUGGGCCCCUUUGGAGCUGGACCACUGA